CCGGCAUAUAUCAUCAUCCAUCAUAUCAUCAUCCAUCUCAUACCUAUCUCACCGAAGUACUAGUUCUCUAAUUCUCCCACAUCUUCCCCGCUACACCAACCACACUUCGCUUACCUCACUACUGGAUUCAAAACAUCUACUCAAAAAGUCCUUCAAAUAUGAAAGAAGAGAGUGACAAGAGCCUGAGACCUGCUAAGCAGAUUCGCAUCUCCCAAGAUGAGGGCAACAAAUAUGAAGGGGCUUGCUUGACGAUCAUGGUGGGCCCCGGAACAAGUCGCUACACCGCGCAUGAGAAGAUGGCUCGUGCAUCUUCGCCCUACAUCGACAAACUCCUGCGGGAGCGCACCACGCGCAUCAUCGAUCUCCCUGGCGAGGAGCCUGCGAUGGUGGCCAUGUAUGUGCACUGGCUCUACCAUCGCACGCUGCCCGUGAUCUGCGACCAAGCCCAGCAGGAGUACCUCCAUCUGAUCAAGGCAUACGUCCUGGGGCUCAAACUACUCGACACCCAGUUUCAGGAUACCGUGGUCGAUGCUAUUGUUGAGCAGAGACAGUCCAGCUCCCAGGAUGGCAAAAGUCCCGCUCCCAGCCGCGAAGCGAUCAAAUACGCCUACUCUCACACUUCUUCCUCGGCCCCAAUCCGUCGACUCCUAGUGGAUAUCACCGCAAACCGCACAACUGAUCCCAAAUGGCUUACUUCCACUGAGAACGAUAUGCCUAGGGCGUUUCUUCUGGAGCUGGUCGCCAAGCUGAUGUGCCGCCGUGCGACGAAGAAGGAGCCUCUCGACCCCUCCGUUUAUCAUAAGCACGCGCGUGUCUCCAACAAUGCAUCUCAGGCAGAGGACGAUUUGGGACUUCAGGAUCAAUCAGGAAUCUCCCAACGAGAUUUCUCGGGUUCACGAUUCGGGAUAUUCGCGAGGAAACGUAACCUUGAUCAUAUUAUCUCGGCCAACCGAGGGCUCGUGUGA